GCUCGUUACAAGCUGAAACUAGACAGAGUGAACCUGGACAGGCAGUCAGAUGAAGAAUCAAAACUGAGGAAAUUCACUCUUGGAAAACGUGAUCCUAAAUUCCCAAACAAAUCCGUCCUCCUGGUGGGAGCGACAGGGACAGGAAAAUCACUCUGAUCAACGCCCUGGUCAACUAUGUGAUGGGCGUCAAGUUUGAAGACAAAGUUUGGUUUGAAAUCAUCACCGGUGACAGAGACAAAUCUCAGUCUGAGAGUCAGACCUCAGAAGUGUCUGUUUAUGAAAUCUUUGGAUUUGAGGGGGAAAGUGUCCCUUAUUCUCUGACCAUCAUCGACACUCCAGGGUAUGGAGACACCAGAGGAAUAGAAUAUGAUGAAAUUACCACAAUGAAACUCUUGGAACUCUUCAGUGCUCCUGAUGAAGUGGAUGGAGUAAAAGCAUUAAAUGCAGUGGGUUUGGUGGUGAAGGCCUCAGAGAACAGACUUGAUGAGAGAAUGGGAUACGUCUUCAACUCAAUCACUUCAAUCUUUGGUAAAGACAUGAAGGAAAAUAUUGUGGCAAUGAUAACACACUCAGAUGGAAUGGAACCAAAAAAUGCCCUAAAAGCACUGGAAGACGCUAAUAUAAAAUAUGCUACAGAUGAAAACGAUGAGCCAGUCUAUUUCCUGUUUAACAACCGACAAAAUGAGAAGAUUGGAAAAGGGAAACAUGCAGAAAAGAUAGCAAAAAAUGUAUUUGAACUAACUGAAGAGGGCAUCUCAGAAUUUACACAAUUUCUGGGAGAAAAACAACCUCAGUCACUGAAGAAAACAGCAGAGGUAUUGAAUGAAAGGAAAAGAUUGGUGGCCUGCAUCGAAAACCUUAAAGAUCGUGUUGAAGAUAUGGAAAAGAAAGAAGAAGCAAUAAAAAGAACAGUGAAAGUUUGAAAACCCUUAAGUCAUCUGGCAAAAUGUAUAAAGAAGAGACCUACAAAGAUAAAGAACAGAAUGGAUGGUGGUGGUUCCCAUGGUUUAAUAAUAUCACUUGUAACAACUGCCAAGAAAAUUGCCAUAAUAACUGUUUUUGGGGUUUACCCUCCUGUCCCAUCAUGGUAGAAGGCAAAUGUACUGUCUGCUCUGGAAAAUGCCCUGUGAAGGAUCAUGUACAUGAGAACUGGAGAUAUGUGACCAAGACCAGACAAGUGGAAGACACCAUUGAGGUUGAUGACAAAGAAGCCCUGUUGAAGAGUC